UUCAAAACUUCAAAAUCAAAUCACAAACGGUUGUCGUGGAAACAGAUUUGUUUACGAUUAAAAUAUUACUAUUAAGCUCCGUGUUUUAUUUAUCUUACAAAAAGUACACAAGUAAUUAUCUAUCUAGUAGAUUCUGUAACGAGCACAGAGAAUGUUUGCAUGGACAUUAAAAUGACCCAAGAAAAUAUUCUGCUUGAGAUUAUUAGGGAAGUUUGUAGUGAAAAUAAUAAAUUGCCAGACAAACUGAAAGGCAAAGUGAACCGGAUUAUUGCCGACUGUGACCUGUCUUAUUACUCGAGCCUGCACAAGCUCAGUACUGGAGAUGAAAGCACUGCUACUGUUCUGGGGUUCAUGCACCAGUCCGCAGCCGAGCUAACAUUUGAUGAACAGUCUGAAUUUAACCAGGCAGUUCUUCAAAAGAUACAAACAAAGUUGCCAGCCUUUACUGCAGAACUCGAACAUCUUAAACAGUCAACUAGCACCGCUAAGCCACUGAAGGAUGAGAAGAAGGAACUUCAGAACAGUAUUGAUAAUAAACUGAGCACUCUUGAAGAACAGGAGAGUGAGAAAGUGGAGCUGAUGAUGGAGUGGCUGAAUCAUAGGCUGCGGGAUGUUACCAAGUUCAGUCAUGAUUCAAGUGAGCUGCUGACUCUGAAGACUAAGAUCUUGGAUUUGAAGUCGAAGAUUCUUCACUUACAAAUUCUGCAGAAUAUCUUCACUGAAACGAAUCAGUCGAUCAAGGCAUACAGUGAAAUACACAAGGACAUGAAAGAUUCCAUCAAGGAGACUGAGCAGAGGAUCAAACACUUCAGGAGUAUUAUUGAUAGUGAUGGCAAUUAACUAAGUAACAUGUAUAUCAUCUCGUGCUAAACCUAGGUAGGUGCUUAGGUCCUUCUUACUUGAACUCAGAGGCGGAUUAAACCUAUAGAGCGUCCUAGGCAAGCACCUCACAGACGCAUCAAAUUUUUUCUAUAGGCUGUAGGACACGCGCGUCUCGCGACACCCAUCUGUAUCCUGGGACCUUAGACAGUAGGCACUUGCCCCAGCAAGCUUGCCUUAGGGAUAAUGUCGCUCUGCUUGAACCUCAUACCUUAAAAGCUGUGACGUAAUCAAAAGAUUUGUGUCUCCUAAUAAUAAAACUCAUUUCGGAGGUGUAUAACAAACAUCUAGGUACUUAACAAAGUACUAAGAUACCUACGUUCCGAUGUGUAAACGUCACUGUCUAUUAAAAAUAUUUUAACUGGAUGGAUACCUAUUUAUGAGUUUUUUUGUAAACAUUUUAAUGAAAACGUAUUUAAUUAAAGCCAUUAAGGAAAAUGCAUGUCUAUCCGCCUGUUCGUGUGAAAUACCACUUGAUCCUAAUAUAACUAGCCGUCUCCCCUGCCGGAUAUUUCUAAAAUGUAUUAAUUAUUAUUUACCUGCAAAGUGUGAACAGGAACUAUUAUUUUCGUUUUGUUAUUUAAUUUUUCUGUUAUUUCGUAAUAAAC